GAGCUUCGAAUCCAAAUCGCGACUCUCUAGCCUUUGAGAUUUUAAGUUUAUUUCAGAUUUUUCAACGAUUUUGACUUGACACGUUGAUGUCAACUAUUUUGAGUGCAAUCAAAACAUUUCGUAGUGAAGAUUUUGGAGUCGAACAUCACUGAUUUUUUGAACAACAUCGAUAACAUUAAACUUUACAAUGAGUGUUCAGACGUGCCAAGUAUUAUCAAUGGAUGCUUCUCAGCAAGCAGCCUUCAUGCGCUUCUUCAACACCAUGCCUGAGAAAUCGGCGUGCACUGUGCGCAUUUUCAACCGAAAUGAGUAUUACACCCUCCAUGGAGCGGAUGCGUCGCUUGCGGCCAAAGAAAUUUUCAAGUCUACCUCAUCUGUCAAGCACAUGACUUGCGGACAGAAUCAAUUGGAGUAUGUCAUUCUAAACCAGAACCACUAUGAAGCCUUGCUGAGGACUUUGCUUCUGAAUAAAACCUACAGAGUUGAGGUGUACUGCAGCCCAAACAAUUCGAGCAACAACUGGACUAUUGAAUACAAGGCGUCCCCUGGCAAUCUCUACCAGUUUGAAGACUUGCUGUUCAACACCAAAUCAGAGCUUCAAUCAGGAAUUGCUGCUAUCAAAAUUGCUGGAGAUGGAAAAAGCAAGAUUGUGGGUGUUGGAUUCGUGGAGAGCAGCAACAGCAAAAUGAGGGUCGCUCAGUUCCCUGAUCUGGACAACUUGAGUAAUAUGGAAUGCGUCAUCCAGCAAUUGGCCCCUCGGGAGCUACUCGUAUCGUCAGGAAUGGAUGAUAAAGACAUCUCGGCCAUCAAACAGUUUGCAGAGCACUGUGGCAUGUUGGUUACAAUCCGACCAAAGAACACCUUCAAAUCUGACGACGCUUUUGUACAAGACAUGGGUCGUCUUCUGCGCCUCAAACCAGGACAGUCGGACAACGUGGCUGCCCUUCCCGAGAUGAAGCUGACCACAGCAACUCAAGCCCUCUCAGCAUGCAUCAACUUCCUUGAGUUGGUCAGCGAUAAUGGCAACUUCAAGCAGUUUGAAAUUUCGGAAUACAGCAGCGAGCUGUUUGUAAGGAUUGACGUCCAAACAGUCCGUGCCAUCAACCUAAAGCCUGGCGUUGGAACUUCUGGUCUGGGCAAACCUCACGAGUCGAUUGUUGGCCUGCUUGGACAGGCAGUCUGCACUCCUCAUGGGCAACGCUUGCUGCUGAAGUGGCUCCAGCAGCCAUUGAGAAACAUUGCUCCUCUGCAAGAGCGCCUUGACUGCGUGGAGGCCCUGAACUCUGAUCUUGCUGCUAUGGACAGCCUUUCGAAAGACUACCUGAAAGGCAUUCCCGACUUGCAGUACCUGGCCAGGAAAAUUCACAGGAAAAAGGCCAACUUGCAGGACCUCUACAGAAUUUAUCAGGGCGUGCGGAGGCUGUCAGGAGUGGUUUCGCUGUUGGAGGGGCUGUCAAACUCAGAAAAGGUGCUGUCUUCAGUCAAAGCUCUGCUACUUGAGCCACUCAAAGAGAAAAACGCAGACAUGGCCAAUUAUGUUGAAAUGGUUGAGCAGACGCUAGACAUUGAUCUUGCGUCGCAGGGAGAGUUCCUGAUUCGACAAGAGUUUGAUGACAACCUCAAAGAAAUCCAAAGUCGCAGGUCUGAAAUGAAAGAGGAAAUGGAAAGUGCUUUGUUCAGUGCAAGCAGGGAGCUGGAUCUGGAAGCAAACAAGAGUAUGAAGCUGGAAUACACUGCUCAACACGGGUACUUUUAUCGUAUCACUUUGAAGGACGAAAAAAUCCUAAGAGGAAACAAAAAGUUCACGAUCAUUGACACCAAUAAAGCUGGCAUUCGUUUCACAAACCAAAAGCUGCGCGGACUCAAUGAAAAUUAUCAAGAAGCCAGUGAGGAGUACCAAAAAACUCAACAGGAGAUUGUGCAGGGCGUAGUUGAUGUUGCUGCAACAUAUAGUGACACCAUCAAUGCUCUUGGUGAUGUUCUGGCCACAAUCGAUGUGCUGAACAGCUUUGCAGUUGCUGCUUCAAGCAGCAGCGAGCCCUAUUGUAGACCUCUGCUGCAUCCUCCUGGCUCUGGGGUGCUAAAAUUCAAGCAGCUGAGGCAUCCAUGCUUGGAAAGACAGAAUGGAGUUGACUAUGUCGCAAAUGAUGCAGUAUUUGACCAAGAAAAAGAGCGACUGGUUAUUCUGACUGGCCCAAACAUGGGCGGAAAAUCAACCUACAUUCGCAGCGUAGCCGCCGCUGUGGUGAUGGCCCAGCUGGGUGCGUUUGUGCCUGCUGCAGAGGCUGCCCUCAGCUUGGUGGACAGCGUGCUUGUGCGAAUUGGCGCCGGUGACAGCAUGGCCCUAGGCGUGUCGACUUUCAUGGCCGAGAUGCUGGAGACCAGCACGAUCCUUAAGGCAGCAACCAACCGAUCGCUGGUCAUCAUCGAUGAGCUGGGAAGAGGCACAUCCACCUACGAUGGAUUUGGCCUCGCAUGGGCUAUUUCUGAAAACAUUGCUAAAGAUGUAGGCUGCUUUUGCUUGUUCGCCACGCACUUCCACGAGUUGACCGCCCUUGCGCACCAAGUUCCGGGGGUUGUGAACAGACAUGUUGUGGCCAAGACUUCUGAGGGAGUACUUACUUUGAUGUACCGCAUUAAGGAUGGACCCUGCGAUCAGAGUUUUGGCCUCCAUGUUGCCCAAAUGACUGAAUUCCCUGAGCAGGUUCUGCAGAGAGCUGCUGAGAAGCAAAAACAGUUGGAGCUGCUCCACAAGUGGGUGCCAUCAGAAUUUUUGACGCAAGAGGAUGAAGACAAAAAGAAAGGUGAAGAGUUGGUUGAAGAAUUUUUGGAAAAUGUCAAGGCCUUGGAUUUGGACGACCCAGAGGUGCUGUGCAGAAAGUUAGAAGAACUGCAGCAGAAAAUAAGUUCCAGUGACAAUGAUUUCCUCAAGACCUUAGUUGAUUCGUUUGUUCCUAUGCAAUCUUCAUAAGUUGUGCCAUUCCAAAUCCAGACCAGAGUACUAUGAGCAUUUAUGUAAAUGUUAAAUAAAUCUUUUGAUUUCAAGGAAAUUA